UGGACAUUUAUAUUUUCUCUUUUUUCCUUUUUUCAAGAGCAGCAUCGAGCAACAUUGAAAAAACGCGGCGAAUGCAUCCACGCGAGCUGCAAUAAUGUGCCAAUGCAAAUGUUUAAUGAGCGGUACCUGCUGGGGUCGAUGUAAGAAGGGUUCGUCGGGUUCAUCUCUCGUCGCAAGCCCUUAGUUCAUGGGAAGACAGCUUGCAGAGCACAUCGUCCAACAAUCAGCACGUCUCGUCUCCGUACGAUAACGUCUGACACGGUGUUAUCGCGUUCUCAAGAUUCCCACUCGCGAAAUAAGGAACGAUGCAAACAUGAAAAAAUCUAUAAAGGUGCAGACGAAAAAAAUGAUCAGUUGGCCGCUCGAGAUGCUGCUUCGUAUAUUCAGCAUCUGGCCAGGCGUACCGUACGGCCCGUUUUGUAAAGUGUUCUGGCUCAUUGUAAUAACGCUCAAUACGAUUUUGCAAUGGCUGUUUAUUAUUUAUCGCGGACACACCGUCAAUUCUAACGUUUUCAUAUAUGCGUUCGUCAGUACUCUGACGAUGCACAUGAGGUUUAUGAAAGUGGCUGUUCUCUGGUACAAUCAGCGAAGAUUUAACGAGAUGUGGGAAACGAUGUCGAUGAAUUGGACGCGCAGCAGUGAGUACAAGAGCGCAGGCAAAAGGCACGUGUCGCAUUAUUUGCCUAAUAUCAUUGUGACACUCAGUAUGUUCUCGGUGAUAAUGACUUCAGCCGGUAAUCUCUCUGGCGGAAUUAGUUAUGACGGAUCUUCCAACGGGACGCGAUCGUACGUCCUGCUGAUACAUGUUCCAUUCGACAAUCUAAAACAAUCUGUGUAUCUAUUUAUACUUUUUCAACAACUUUUCUACCUUUGGUUAAUGGCCGCCACUUCCGCCACUAUUAAUUCGGUUCUUAUUAUUUUUAUUAUGUACUUAGGCGAUCAGAUUGAUAUCAUUUGUACAUGUUUGACGAAGAUACCGCCAGGAGAUAACGACCGUAAAGCUAACGUGGUUAUGAUGAAGGAAAUGAUCAGAAAGCACCAAAAUGUGAUUACUUUUGCGGAAAAUGUCGAAGCCCUCUACACAUACAUCGCAUUAAUGUUAGUCGUGUUCAAUACCUUAAUUAGCUGCGGCGUGGGCUUCGUGCUGGUUAGGGCAAUCGGAACGCCUCAUUUCGCCAAGCUGCUAAGGAAGAACCUCUUGUUUUACUGCACGAUUAACAUUGAAACAUUCGUAUAUUGCUUCGCCGGAGAAUACAUUAGCGCCAAGAGCAAAGCAAUCGGCGAGGCUGCGUACUAUUCGCGCUGGUAUCAAUCCAAGUUUCAUGGUCGCGCCGUUUUAUUCAUGAUAAUGAGGUCGCAAAAUCAAUUGACAAUCACUGUGGGAAAAAUCAUAGAUCUGUCAUUGGAGCUAUUCACCAGUAUUUUAAAAACUUCAAUGUCCUAUAUGUCGGUACUGCUGGCAAUGUAUUAAAGAGAAGAUAGAUCGUAG